GCCUUGACCUACCAGGGAGAUUUCUUUUUGGAAUCUUGACUCUGAUGAUGCUAAUUGCCAAUCUGGUGUUUACAGAGGAAGCAGUCUACAUCUACAGGAAAUUCCCCUCCUCCAAAAGAUCAGUCAUAAUUUGGAUUAAUGCCGCAGCUCCAGUGAUCGCUACUACUUCGUGCAUUGGCAUGUGGAUUCCUCGCUCAACGAUGUUUACAGAUUUCACAGCAGCAAUAUUUUUUGCCAUAGUUAUCCACAAGUUCCUGAUGAUGAUGAUUAAAGAGUGUGGAGGUCAAAAGCUGUUCCUCAGGCGGUUUGAAAAUGAUCACUUCAAGAUCAGCACCGGUCCCUGCUGCUGCUGCUGCCUUUGCCUCCCUCGUGUGCGCAUCACUAGGCGAACCCUCUUUUGGCUGAAGCUGGGCACCUUUCAGUUUGCUUUUCUUCGACCCGUGCUCAUGUUUUUGUCAAUAGUGCUUUGGAGUAAUGGCAAUUACACCCUCUACAAUUUAUCUCCCAAAGGAGCUGCAAUAUGGAUUAGCUGCUUCAUCGGUGUCCUCACCAUUAUUGCUCUGUGGCCAGUUGGAAUCAUGUUUCAACAAGUUAGGACUCUCCUUAUCUGUAAGAAGAUCAUCCCAAAGUUUGCUCUUUAUCAGUUUAUUCUCAUUCUGAACCACUUGCAGGCAGCUAUUAUCAACAUCUUGGCCAUGCAAGGAAUCAUUCCCUGUGCUCCACCGCUCUCCUCUUCAGCAAGAGGAGCAUAUAUGACCCAGCAGCUCCUCAUCAUGGAGAUGUUUCUGAUAACCCUAAUCUCAAGGAUGGUCUAUCGGAGAAGAUACGAUGACUUAGAGCCUCUGGAGUGUACGGCUGAAGAAGCUGGGGACAGCAAGCAGGCUCCAAAGAUGAUCCUGAAUGGUGCGGUCAGUGCAGAUGGAUUGCCGAGGGUUUAG